UGUGUGUGUGUGUGUGUGUGUGUGUGUGUGUGUGUGUGUGUGUGUGUGUGUGUGUGUGCAUGCGUGAGCGCCGAGCACCGGGCAUCAAGGCGUUAGUGGCUGCUCAUUAAGCCUAAGCCGCCCUUGGUGUCACUUAGUUUGCCGUCCUCCAACGCGGCGCCGCUUGCACUGUUUGGGUGGGUGAGGCAGGACGCCCACCAUGGCGGCGCGGCACGUUUACUGUUACGCUGCCAGUCACUAGUGUUCCACGCCACCCACGUGUGAUCCCUAAGGCCCAGUGCGGCGCGGCGUGGCCAUGAACGCCAGUGUGGGUGCGACGCCCCGCAGGCCUCCUGUCGCGGUGGGCUGGAACGUCACCACAGACGACUCGCUGUAUGACUACCCACUGGGUGGCGGCGGCGUUGGCGGCGGCAGCGCGACGAACGAGUCCGAGUACGAUUACGACUACGAGACGGCGCUGGACACGUUCUUCUGGAGCCAGCUGGCGCCGCCUCUGGCCGUGUACGCCGCCACCUACGUGGUGGGCGUGGCGGGCAACGGACUCAUCAUCUUCACCAUCUGCCGCUUCCGCCGCCUCAAGACGACCACCAACGUGUUCCUCGCCUCGCUCGCCUCCGCCGACCUGCUGCUCAUCCUGCUCUGCAUCCCCGUCAAGAUCGCCCGCCUCUUCUCCUACUCCUGGACAAUGGGUUACGUUCUCUGCAAGCUGAUCUACUACAUGCAGGCCCUGUCCGCUCUCUGCUCCGUGCUCACUCUUACGGUGCUCAGUUUGGAGAGGUGCUACGCUAUCGUGUAUCCAAUGAGAGCUAUGUACGUCUGCAGCCUCACCAAAGCAAGGCGAGCCACAGUAAUCAUCUGGGCAGCAUCUCUUCUUCUCGCUGCUCCAACUUUACGCGUUCAGGUGCACAUGGAGGUGGGCCAGCGUGUGCGCGCGUUCUGGUGCGUGCGUGACUGGGACUCGCCGCGGCUGUGGCGAGGCUACGAGACGUACAUGAUGGCGGUGGUGCUGGUGGUGCCCGCCUCGGUGAUGGCCGCGGCGUACACGGCCAUCGCCGGCGCCAUCGUCACCAUGGUGGCGCGCCGCCGCACCAUCACCAGCAAGGGACAGAUGCUGUCCACGGCGGGGGGCGGCGCGGUGGAGGGAGGCAGGGGAGAGCAGGACGCCCCCCUCCCACACCACCUGCAAGACAACACCGUAAAGCAGGUAGUGCCCAUGCUGAUCGUGGUGGUGGUGCUGUUCAUUGUGUGUUGGGCUCCCAUCCUGGUGCUCAACAUACUGCAGUCCUUCAAGCUAGUGCCAAACAUCGACGUGAGAACCAUGCAUCUGAGAACUGUGCUGGAUCUUCUCUCCUACUGCAACAGCUGCAUGAAUCCUUUAGUCUACGGGUUCAUGUCCAAGAACUUUCGUAAAGGAUUCAAGAGGACGCUGUGUUCCCUGGCUGGCCGAGGCGACGAGAACCAUCCUUCCCUGUCCCUCUCCCACACCCUGAGACACGUGCCCUCCAGUCGGCCGGCGUUAUGCAACGGAGCCGCGGGGAACAGAGCGCCACACAGGGCAAGGAUCGAGUAUGGAAGAAAGGGAAUUAAUACAACACAGGAGAAUGUGAGAGAGGACGGGGAGUCAUGUCAUAUGUAGAGAGAGAGAGAGAGAGAGAGAGAGAGAGAGAGAGAGAGAGAGAGAGAGAGAGAGAGAGAGAGAGAGAGAGAGAGAGAGAGGAAUUCUACAAAAACAAAAAAAGAAAUAGAGAAGAGAAUAUAACAAAUACGUUUGGCCAAUCCAGGAAAUAAAUAAAAAGCAAACAAGAAAAUGUAGAAGAGAAGAAAGAACACUCAACGAAUAAAAAGGAAAAAAGAAUGUAAGAUAGGA